UUUUUUUUAUAGUCCAGGUAUAAGCACGUACCCGAAACAAUGGCAGACAACGACGACCUUCUCGACUACGAGGAUGAGGAGCAGACUGAGACCACUGCCGUUGAAAACCAGGAGGCACCAAAGAAGGACGUGAAGGGAACCUACGUCUCCAUUCACAGCUCUGGCUUCCGUGAUUUCCUCCUGAAGCCGGAGAUCCUUCGCGCCAUUGUAGACUGCGGUUUCGAGCAUCCGUCUGAGGUUCAGCACGAGUGCAUUCCGCAGGCCGUCUUGGGCAUGGACAUUCUGUGCCAGGCUAAGUCGGGUAUGGGUAAGACAGCCGUGUUCGUGUUGGCCACCCUGCAGCAAUUGGAGCCGUCGGACAACAACACUUGCCAUGUCCUAGUCAUGUGCCACACUCGCGAGCUGGCCUUCCAGAUCAGCAAGGAGUAUGAGCGCUUCUCAAAAUACAUGCCCACUGUUAAGGUUGCAGUCUUCUUUGGCGGAAUGGCAAUUCAAAAAGACGAAGAGACUUUGAAGAGCGGUACCCCGCACAUUGUGGUGGGAACUCCCGGACGUAUCCUAGCUUUGAUACGCAACAAGAAAUUGAAUCUUAAGCACUUGAAACACUUUGUUUUAGAUGAGUGCGACAAGAUGUUGGAGCAACUGGACAUGCGUCGUGACGUACAAGAAAUUUUCCGAAGCACGCCGCACGGCAAACAAGUGAUGAUGUUCUCUGCCACUCUGAGCAAGGACAUUCGUCCCGUUUGCAAAAAGUUUAUGCAAGAUCCUAUGGAGGUCUACGUGGACGAUGAAGCCAAGCUGACCCUUCACGGACUGCAGCAGCACUACGUCAACCUCAAGGAGAACGAGAAGAACAAGAAGCUCUUCGAAUUGCUGGAUGUGCUCGAAUUUAAUCAGGUGGUUAUUUUCGUGAAGUCUGUGCAACGCUGUGUGGCUUUGUCCCAGCUUCUGACUGAGCAGAACUUCCCCGCCAUUGGAAUUCAUCGUGGUAUGACCCAGGAGGAGCGUUUGAACCGCUACCAGCAGUUCAAGGAUUUCCAGAAGCGUAUUUUGGUUGCUACAAAUCUCUUUGGCCGUGGUAUGGACAUUGAACGUGUCAAUAUUGUGUUCAACUACGACAUGCCGGAGGACUCUGACACCUACUUGCAUCGCGUGGCCCGUGCCGGACGUUUCGGAACCAAGGGAUUGGCCAUCACCUUCGUCUCUGAUGACAAUGACGCUAAGAUACUUAACGAAGUUCAGGAUCGUUUUGAUGUCAAUAUUAGCGAGUUGCCGGAGGAAAUCGAUCUGUCCACAUAUAUCGAAGGACGAUAGAUGUCAGAUGGAAGGAGAAUUGCACUUCAAAUAGAAUAUAAAUAAAUCUUUUUAUAAUCCCCUACCUUUAAACUAAAUAAACAAAACAUCCAGACAAUGUCAUGACCUACUAAAAA